AUGGCUAUCACAACACACUUUACCCUCAACACCGGCGCAAAAAUCCCCGCUGUGGGUUUCGGCACUUGGCAAGCAAAGCCUCUGGAGGUUGAGAAUGCAGUUGAAGUUGCACUAAAGCAGGGUUACCGUCAUAUUGAUUGCGCUGCCAUUUACCGCAAUGAGAUGGAGGUUGGAAAUGGCAUCAAGAAGUCUGGCGUCCCACGGGAGGAAAUAUUCAUCACUGGCAAGCUGUGGAACACGAGUCAUGCGCCCGAAGAUGUCGAGCCGGCAUUGAACAAGACAUUGAAGGACCUUGGGGUUGACUACUUGGAUCUCUACCUCAUGCAUUGGCCUGUUGCCUUCAAAGCCGGCGAUAAAUGGUUCCCAUUGAACGAAGACGGAAUUUUCGAACUUGCAGAAGUCGACUACAUCACAACCUACAAGGAGAUGGAGAAGCUUUUGAAGACCGGAAAGGUCAAGGCAAUUGGUGUCUCCAACUUCAACAUCCGCCGACUGGAAGAGCUGCUGGGUCAAGUUUCCGUCGUGCCCGCUGCCAACCAAAUCGAAGCCCACCCAUACCUCCAGCAACAUGAUCUACUGAAGUUCUGUCAGAGCAAAGGAAUUAUCGUGGAAGCCUACUCCCCUCUCGGUAAUAAUCAGACUGGAGAGCCCAGAACAGUUGAUGACCCGCUGGUGGCCCAAGUCGCUAAGGAAACCAGAAUGGAUCCGGGCCCUCUGCUCGCUAGCUGGGGUGUGCAGCGCGGUACUGUCGUUUUAUCCAAGAGCGUCACACCUUCUCGUAUUGAGGCCAAUCUCAAGGUGCAGACCCUUUCGGAUAAGGCUUUUGCGCAGUUGACUGGUCUGGAGCGACACAAGAGAUUCAAUUUCCCGGCCAUCUGGGGUUAUGAUAUUUUUGAAGAGGCUGGGGAGGAAGCGGUGCGCAAGGCGGCGGUUGCUGCUGGUCCGGUUAAUAAGCUGAAGUUCACUGUUUAG